AUGCCCUCCCAAAAAUUACGUUUCUAUCUGCUUAUGCGGUACAUGUACCAACGUCGGCGCGCUAAAUUGGGUCCUCGACCACGCAAAGGGGCAGAUCAAUUGACCUGGACCGAUACUUUUCUGCCUUUGGCCCGCUCUCUCAUUAAGAGACCUGGCGUUUCUUCACUUCCGCUUAGUUUGACAGCGAAGCCACGGGAGCCUCUUGCAGAUCAGAAAUCCUCGAUCGGUUCUCUUGAUCAAGUGGAUCAAGUCUGUCGGCGUCGAACAGAUCUAUUAACUUCGGUAUCGAAUUGA